CCAUCAUGUAAGAGUGCAUUUUAUUUUUUCAGUAUGUACAAUCCAUCAGAAAUCUGUAUUAAAACAUGGCCAUCAGGUUGUAUAGUUCUGGGGUUAGUUAACGGAAUGCUUAGUUAAUCCAACAUGGGAGCGUACAAAUAUAUGCAAGAGCUAUGGCGCAAGAAGCAGUCCGACGUGAUGCGCUUUCUCCUGCGCGUCCGAUGCUGGCAGUACCGUCAGCUCUCCGGUCUCCACCGUGCGCCUAGACCCACCAGACCAGACAAGGCCCGCAGACUGGGGUACAAGUGCAAACAAGGCUACGUCAUCUACCGUGUCCGCGUUCGCCGUGGAGGCCGCAAGCGCCCCGUGCCCAAGGGUGCCACCUACGGCAAGCCUGUCCACCAUGGUGUUAACCAGAUCAAGUUUGCCCGCAGCCUCCAGUCCACUGCUGAGGAGCGUGCUGGCCGUCACUGUGGAGGCCUGAGGGUGCUGGCCUCCUACUGGGUAGGAGAGGACUCCACCUACAAGUUCUUCGAGGUGAUCCUGAUUGACACCUUCCACAAGGCUAUCAGACGCAACCCCGACACCCAAUGGAUCACCAGGCCCGUGCACAAGCACAGGGAGAUGCGUGGCCUGACGUCUGCAGGCAAGAAGAGCCGUGGCCUGGGCAAGGGCCACAAGUUCCACCUGACCAUGGGUGGUUCCCGCCGGGCAGCCUGGAAGAGACGCAAUACCCUGCAGCUUCACCGCUACCGCUAGAGGAUGUCUGUACAUUUAAAGAAAUAAACACAUGCCUUUUUAUGGUGACUAAAUA